AAAGUAUGCUGCCAUGCUGGGGACGCAGAGAGGGGCAUGUCACAUGUGCCCAGAGGAGUGGCACUGAAUGGGCCUUGGGGAACGUUCAGGAUGAUUGACAGUGCUCUUUGGUGAGUCAGAAAGCAGGAUGUCCGGUGUGCCCUGCGGGGCUUCACAUCAUCAAGCUGUGCCUGUUGCCUACACUCUUGUGCUGUCCUGGUUGCUGCUCUUGGUGCAUGCUGCCUUCAGCCAGAAACCCGCUAAGCUGCCCCUGGUGGGCCGCAAGCCGUUCCUGGCUGCCUGGAAUGCUCCGCUGGACAUGUGCAUGGUCAAGUACAACAUGAACAUCAGCCUCGACCUGUUCCACAUCAGCGGCAGUCCGCGAGCCGUACACACGGGCCAGGACGUCACCAUAUUCUAUGCUAACCGUCUAGGUCACUACCCGUUCUACACAGAGCAAGGGUUCCCUGUGAACGGAGGUCUACCUCAGAACUGCAGUCUAGAAGCACAUCUCAGCAAGGCCAGGAAAGACAUCGCGCACUACAUCCCCUCAGAGGACUUUCAGGGCCUGGCCGUCAUCGACUGGGAGUACUGGAGGCCGCAGUGGGAUCGCAACUGGCAUAAGAAGGACAUCUACCGACAACGCUCGCGUGAGCUGGUCUCCCAGGCGUACAUCAAUGUGACGGAGGAGCAGAUUGAGGUACUGGCACGUCUGCGCUUCGAAAAGAGCGCCAAGGCCUUCAUGCAGUCGACGCUAAGGCUGGGCACACAGACUCGACCCAAAGGCCUCUGGGGCUUCUACCUUUAUCCAGACUGCCAUAACUACAAUGUACAUGCACAUAAUUACAGCGGCUCCUGCCCAAUGCUGGAGAGCCUCCGUAACGAUGAGCUGUUCUGGCUGUGGAACAGCAGCACUGCCCUCUUCCCUGCCUUGGCCAUUCGUAAAGGCCACAUGGACAGCAUUCGCAACCUGCACUUCUCUCAGAACAGAGUGCUAGAGUCUCUACGGCUGGCCUCACUGACCUCACUGCCCUACGAGCUGCCCACUUACGUCUACACAAGGCUGGGAUACAGAGAUGAAGCUAUGGCAUUCUUGUCACAGAAGGACUUGAUUCACACAAUAGGAGAAAGUGCUGCUUUAGGAGCUGCAGGCUUCGUGAUCUGGGGAGACCUCAACCUCACAUCUUCCAGACACAACUGCUCCAAAGUGAAAGCGUUCCUGAACUACAGACUGGGCCAGUAUGUCACCAAUGUGACUCAUGCAGCUGAAGUGUGCAGUGAAUCCUUGUGCCAGUCCAACGGCCGCUGUGUCAGAAGAGACCCUCAGGCAGCUCACUACCUGCACCUGAGUCGCUCCAGCUUCCGCAUCUCGCCCAACCGCAAUGGCACAUUUACUGUGACCGGACAGCCCUCGCAGCGUGAGCUGCAGCUACUGGCCGAACGAUUCCGCUGCCACUGUUAUCAGGGGUACGAGGGGGAGCACUGUGACAGCACUGAGCCAACACAGGAAGAAAAGGAGGAGGAGAGCAAUGAAGUGGAGAUGGAGAGAGCUCUGGGGAGCUCUGCAGUGUGUGUGGAACGUGCUCUUUCUCUGGUUGUGCUGCUUGUUCUGUUUACCUUUAGCUGUGUUUAAAGCAGCUUGAUACACGAUAGUCCACAAAGACCAUGAGUUAAUUGUAGCGUUUUUCUGUAUGGUUAUCUCUCAUGAUCUUAUUCUAUCAACUUAUUUUUCUUGUGAUCUCAAGAAAACAACAUGUAUGAUCCUGCCUGCCAAAUCAACAUGUUAUCUCGAGAAAAGUUCAGCACAUGAGAUUCAGUAACCAUACACAAAUAUAGAAUUAAUUCAUGGCCUUCAUGGAGUUCAGUAGCUAACUAAUGGCACAUGUAGUGACCAAUGUUUGUAUUUAGACUCUUUAAUAGCAGUCCUUUAAAAGUCUUGAUUGUAUGCAGUCAUGCUUUAUGUUGAUGAUACCUGUUUUCAAAGCAAUAGAGCAUUAUGAGGAACAGCCAAGCCUUUGGUUUACAUACUUGUUAUAAUUUAGUAUCAUUAAUAAUCAUUGUUACUGUAAUUUUUUUAACUGUGCAGUUUUUUUUUUCAUGUAGCCCUGCUCAAAAAGUGAGCCUUGUAGAGGUGAGUAUUCCAGGUCCGGAAAGUUCCAGAAAAUUUCAGCUAUCUGGAUAACUCUAGAGCCGGGCUGCAGCGGGUAUGGAGCUUAAAAGAUGACAUAAGUAUUUAAAUCUGCAUUUUAAAUUAAAUUUAACUGACUGUUGAUCAACUAGAAAAAUAUCAUGAUUCUUAAAUCAUAUCAAUGCUUUUGAACUUUUAAAAGUGAUGAAAUUUUUAGAUUAAAAAAAUUAGAUCCAUAAAUAUUUAAAUAUAAAAUUUAAAUUUAAAUUUAAAUAUAAAAAAAAUCUGAUUCACGAAUUCAAAUCUAUUUGAUUCAAAAUUCAAACACAAAUUUAGUGUAGAGGUGAAACAUCUGGUAGAUAUAUUUGUAUUUAUGCAUCUCACAAUAUAGGUAUUACAUUUUUUUAAAUCUGCAAAUCUUAAGCUUUGAAAUGUAUUUUAACUGCAAAUUUCAUUAUGUUACAAGCAUUUAUUCACAUUUUUGUUGAUUUUUAGUUUACUACAUAAUUUGAACACACAAAUUGACCAAUAGAACAUUUUUCAAAAAUGACCUAAAAAUAACUCUUUUUACACUGAAUUCCAUUGAAAGUUAAGUAGGUAUUAUCUCUCCUCUCUAAAGUUGCUUUCUGGAGAUACAUGUUUUACACAAAAUGCAGAUUCAAAUACCUUUCUUAGUGUUUAAGCUUCAUAACCAGCAGAGCCAUCCAGGCAGUUGGUACAUUUUGGUACAGUUGCUGAAUUCGUUUACCUUCUGGACCUGAAUUAAGCCCCUCUAGAGCCUUGUUUGCACAAUGUACAAUUUAACCCUACACUAUGUAAGCUAUGUCAGUACUGUUUAGCUGAGGUCAGUCUUUUCAAGCUCAUCACUUCUGUUAUAAAGUCUAGAAUUUAUAUUUUUUUUCAGCAGCUGCUGAAUGGAAACUCUUGCUCUUCUGCAUCUUUUACAAAGGCACUGAUAAAAUCCAGUGAACUGAAGGUUGCGUUCCCUGUAGACACUGCUUUUGAUUUCAGGGAAGUAGGGAGAACGGGGCAGAAACUGAUGCAGAGUGAAAACAGAGGAUUUUAAUGUCAUGACACAAAGCAGAACACGUUGUUCAUUGUCUUCUUGUAUUCCCAGAGCAGCGUGAUCUCUACAUUUUCACAGCAGUUGGGCAGAAUAUUGCUCAAGAUUCCCCCUAAAGGCAGUGUAUCGUGUUAGUUGUAAGGUUUGCAUUUACUCAACUUUUAGAUUAAUUAUUAAUAAGCACUAGAUUCAGAAAAUAAAAGCUUUAUUUUUAUUCACAGCAGAUAUUUGCAGGUUGCUGGUGUAAAAUUGUUUCAUUCUGUAUACCAACACACAAAGUGAUCGAUCCAGCAGACUUGAGAAUACAAAUAUCAUUGAUAUUUUGGGGCAUUUUUUUCACAGUAUAUUGUUUUUUUUCACUCAUGCAAGAACAACCUGUAAUUUUUACAGUUUUUAAGGUAGUGAAGUUAAUUAGUAAAUUGUUAAUCAAGCUGACUGGUGUUUGCUAAUGUGAUGUGGAGAAACUAUACCACCAAAAAUGUAAUCUGCCAACUCACUAAUCACUCUGUUCUGAGAGUAAUGAAUAUACCACUUAAUUACAAAUUUAAAAAAAUAUUUAUGUAAAAGCCAUAUAUCACAUAUUUAGCCUAAUUAGCCUAAUUUAGCCUUUGAUGAACGCUGAUCAUCUAAAAAUUACUGUCAUCUCAAGAAAAGUCUCAGUCAACAGUCCUAAUUCUGAACAUUACUCUAAAUACAGAUUCAUGAACAAUACAAGAAAAACAGUACCUUACUACCUUACUAGUAAGCCAGUAACAUACCUAACUUUAGUUAAUAUGCUAAUUUAUUUCCAGGACUUUAGGCACAGAACAACCCACGUGAACACUUGAAAAGAAUCAGGACAUUUAGACUGUAUUCUAUUUUAUCAUUUACAGCAGAAAAAGUACAAAAAAUAAAAACACGAAUAAGUUUUGUGAAUUGAUUCUUUUUAACUUUAUCCCUGUAGGGAUUUUACUUUUCAAUGAAUUUCCAAAGAUGUACAGACAUAAACUGAACACAUAUAGAAGCAGAUAUUUUCAAACUUUAAUUGCUUUCAUUGUUCGUCUUUUCUACACAUAUGUGCAUGAGUGAUAUUUCAAAAUAAGAGUUUAGAGUGCAGUUUUUUUGUGUAAAAUGCUGACUGAAACUGACAAGAUAAAGGGUUUCUUUAUGUGAGCCAGUGAUGCAGAAAAUAAAGGAUUAUACCUCAAUAUUUUAGUAGCUUUUCUACAUUAGAGGUACUUUUUUAAAAUUUGCCAAAGUUUUCUACUCUGCUAUGCAACACAGUUUAAACAAAUGCUGAAGGUUUCCUAGACAUCUUACUUAUAUCCAAGUUGCUGAACAAUUAAAUGAAUUAAUAAGUGAACAAACUGACAAAAAGAUUGUGAUUCUUCAUUUUUGUUACAUUUGCACAUUGUUUCUGUUACCCUGUAACCAUUUUAACCUGUACCUCAUCUCCUCAUCAAUUAGAAAGCCAACAGAUGACACCAUUUCUACAUUUCAAUUCAGUUUCAUUGUGUUUUGAAUUUAUCUUUGUAUUUUUAAUCAAAUUUGAAAUGUAGACAACGCAAUGCAUGAAAAAUACUGAUGCACUGCAAAUAAACAACCAUACCUAUUUU